AUGCUCACACCCUGGGCGCUUCUGCUCUUCUUAGCCAUGUGGGUGAGAAGCACCUCUGGUGGCCCGCUCUCAUUCAGAAUAGCUGCCAUCCUUGAUGACCCUAUGGAGUGCAGCAGAGGAGAACGUUUGGCCAUCACGCUGGCCAAAGAAAGCAUCAACAGAAACAGCAAUCGCUCCAUCACCGGAAAGCUAGAGGUGGACAUCUUUGAGCUGCUUCGAGACAGCGAAUACGAAAUGGGCGAAACAAUGUGCCAAAUUAUGUCCAAGGGUGUGGUGGCAGUCCUUGGUCCUUCUGCCAGUCCGGCCUCCAACUCCAUCAUCAGUAAUAUCUGCGGCGAGAAGGAGGUGCCCUAUGUGAAGGUGGCUCCAGAAGACAUUUUAAAGGUCCAGUUCCCUCGUUUCACCACUCUCGACAUGAGGCCAACCAACAUGGAUGUCAGUCUGGCUGUAGCGAGCCUUCUCACCUUCUUUAACAGCACCACCGCCUGUCUCAUCUGUGCUCAGGCCGACUGCUUAUUGAACUUGGAGCAGCUCCUCAGGCAGUUCCUCAUCUCCAAGGAGACCCUGUCAGUGCGUAUGCUCGAUGACAGCCAGGACCCGACCCCGCUCCUGAAGGAGAUACGAGACGACAAGACCGCCACGAUCAUCGUCGACGCCAACGCCACCAUGUCCCAUAUCAUUCUUGAACGGGCAUCUGAGCUGGGAAUGUUGUCAGUCUACUACACAUACAUCUUCACCUCUCUGGAGUUCUCCAUGCUGCAAUUGGACGACGUGGCAGACCAGCGGGUCAACAUUGUCGGUUUUUCUGUUUUCAACCAAACGCAUCCAUUCUUUGAGGAUUUUGUGCUAAGCCUCAACCGCUCCUGGCAAGAGAACUGUGAACAUGCUCCCUUCGCUGGCACCCCGCUCUCUUCAGCUCUUCUCUUUGAUGCGGUAUACGCGGUGGUGGCGGCGGUCCAGGAGCUGAACCGUAGCCAAAAUGUAGGCGCCACUCAACUCUCCUGCACAUCCUCCAAAAUCUGGGAGCACGGUACCAGCCUCAUGAAUUACCUGAGGAUGGUAGAGCUGGAGGGUCUAACAGGUCACAUUGAAUUCAACAGCAAAGGCCAACGCUCCAACUACGCCCUUAGCAUCAUGCAGAGCAGGAAGGACGGCCUUAGGCAGAUUGGCCUGUGGCACUCUGAAGAUGGACUGUCUAUGGAAAAGAAGCUCCCAUCGGUCAAUGUGACCGACACGCUCUUCAACACGACUCUCACCAUCACUACAAUACUAGAGAAUCCGUAUGUGAUGUUGCGAGCGAAUCACCAAGAAAUGGAGGGAAAUGAGCGCUACGAAGGCUUCUGUGUGGAUAUGCUAAAGGAGCUGGCAGCCAUUCUCAAGUUCAAGUAUCGAAUCCGACUGGUGGGGGAUGGACUGUACGGUGUCCCUGGAGCCAAUGGAACAUGGAGCGGCAUGGUGGGAGAGCUCAUUUCAAGGAAAGCUGACUUGGCAGUCGCCGGCCUCACCAUCACAGCGGAGCGUGAAAAAGUCAUUGACUUCUCCAAACCCUUCAUGACCCUCGGCAUCAGUAUCAUGUACCGUGUCCACUUGGGUCGUCGGCCGGGCUAUUUCUCCUUCCUGGAUCCAUUCUCCCCAGGCGUGUGGCUCUUCAUGCUGCUGGCCUACUUGGCUGUGAGCUGUGUGCUCUUCCUGGUGGCCAGAUUGACGCCUUACGAGUGGUACAACCCACACCCCUGCCUGAAAGGACGCUGCAACCUGCUCAUCAACCAGUACUCUCUCGGAAACAGCUUGUGGUUUCCCGUCGGUGGCUUCAUGCAGCAAGGGUCCACUAUCGCUCCCAGAGCACUGUCAACACGCUGUGUUAGCGGAGUCUGGUGGGCGUUUACAUUAAUCAUCAUCUCCUCGUACACUGCCAACCUGGCCGCCUUCCUCACCGUUCAGAGGAUGGAGGUGCCCAUCGAGUCGGUGGACGACCUGGCGGAUCAGACGGCCAUAGAGUAUGGCACCAUGCACGGGGGCUCCACCAUGACCUUUUUCCAGAACUCCCGCUACCAGACAUACCAACGAAUGUGGAACUUCAUGCACUCCAAGCAACCAAGCGUGUUUGUGAAGAGCACGGAAGAGGGCAUUGCCCGCGUUCUCAAUUCCAACUAUGCCUACCUGUUGGAAAGCACCAUGAACGAGUACUAUCGCCAGAGGAACUGCAACUUGACGCAGAUCGGCGGGCUGCUCGACACCAAGGGCUACGGUAUCGGCAUGCCGCUAGGCUCAGUGUACCGAGAUGAGUUCGACCUGGCCAUCCUCAAACUGCAGGAGGACAAUCGCUUGGAGAUCCUAAAGAGGAAGUGGUGGGAUGGCGGCAAAUGUCCAAAGGAAGAGGACCACCGAGCAAAAGGUCUGGGCAUGGAGAAUAUUGGCGGCAUCUUUGUGGUGCUGGUGUGCGGCCUGCUGGUGGCCAUUUUCAUGGCUGUGCUGGAGUUUGUGUGGAUGCUGAGGCACGCGCCAGGAACCGAGCAGUCGGUGUGCGAGGAGAUGCUUCGUGAGCUGCAGGGCAUCGUCCUGUGUCACGACAGCCUGCAAGUGAGGCGUCGCCGAACUCCGUCCGUCACGCGGCCGCAGCCCCUGCCCCAGGAAGAGCGCCGAGCGCGGGCGGCUGGCGUCAGCCUUGCCAACGGCAAACUGUGCACCGGCACGGGACCGCCCGAGCCGCUUUCCCACAGACUUGCUCAGGAAGCCGCGCUGGUGGCCAGAGGCUGCAGCCACAUCCGCAUUUGCCCUGAGUGCAGACGUUUCCAGGGGCUCAGAAUGCGACCUGGGGGGGUGACCGGGUCCCUGCCAUCUCCCACACCCAGUGAGGAAAGCAUAGAGUGGGACAAGAUGACGAAUAGCAGCGAACCUGAAUAG